GGAACUUGUUUCCGUUGCAAAACGCAAAUGUUUGGACAAAUGAUUGCACCCCUGUUUUUGUUGGUACCAACGGCAACAAUAAUUUGAACUGCGCAAAAUUAUCUAAACGUUUUCACUUCAUAGGCUGUGGUCAGUGCGGUAGUGAAAUGGAAGAAAUUACAACAUGUAUCCCAGUGGACCCUGCCUCGAACGGUAAUCCACUCAUUUAUGGCUCCAUAUCUAAAGUGCCUGCAGAAGGCGGCUCUUUCAGUCGAGCAAGGAGAUGCAUGUCAAUCGAAAUAGAAGAGAUGGUUGAAAUUCUAAAACUGGCUUUACCAAUGUUCAUCUCCAUGCUGAUGCUCAUGCUAAUCAGUUUUGUUAGCACGGUGUUCUGUGGACACUUAGGCAAAACGGAGCUGGCAGCUGUGACUCUGGCCACUUCGGUGGUCAAUAUUACAGGCAUAUCCAUCGGCACCGGGCUGGCAUCAGCCUUCGACACACUGAUUUCUCAGAUUUUCGGAAGCAACAAUCUGAAGUAUGUGGGUGUGAUCGUGCAGAGAGGGAUUCUGAUCCUGCUCCUGUCCUGCUUCCCCUGCUGGGCUCUCCUCAUCAACACAGAGCCCAUCCUACUGGCCUUCCAUCAGAACCCGGAGGUCUCCAGGUCUUGGGGACGAUUUUCUUUUGAUUUUCCCAUGAUGUCAAGCAAAGAGGCACUGCGUUUGAAGGCUUACUCAACUCUAUGUGAGGAUCUUCAUGCCUGCUCUGCCAUGUCUCCACAGGCAUGUUUCAUGUAUCAGCUGCAAGGAAGAUACCUUCAAAACCAGGGUAUCAUAUGGCCCCAGGUGAUAACUGGAGUGGUGGGGAACCUUCUAAAUGUGAUCACUAACUACACCUUCCUCUAUCAACUCAACAUGGGUGUGGCGGGCUCUGCAGCUGCUAACACCAUCUCCCAGUACACCUUGGCUAUAGUCAUCUAUGUGUACAUCCUAUGGAGAGGGCUGCACAAAGCCACCUGGGACGGCUGGUCACGUGACUGCCUGCAAGAGUGGGGGCCUUUCCUCUACCUGGCUGUUCCCAGCAUGCUCAUGAUGUGUCUGGAGUGGUGGACCUAUGAGAUUGGAGUAUUCAUGGCAGGUUUUAUCGGUGAAGCUGAGCUGGGAGCUAUGUCAGCCCUCUACCAGGUGUCCAGCAUCACAUUUAUGUUUCCUCUAGGGUUUGCUGUUGCUGCCAAUGUGCGGAUGGGGAAUGCUCUGGGUGCUGGGAACACAGAGCAGGCCAAACUGUCUGGCAAGGUCUCUUUCGUCUGUGCAUUCACAGUUUCCCUCGUCAUUGCCAUUAUCCUUGGGUUGACUAAAGACGUGCUAGGAUACAUCUUCACCCAGGACCAGGAUGUUAUUAAAAAGGCAGCUCCGCUUUUACUGUUGUAUGCCUUCCAUGUAUUCGAUGCCAUAGCGGUGUUGAUGGGUGGCGUUGUAAGGGUAGCAGGAAAACAGAUGGUUGGUGCUGUGUCCUACCUGGUUGGUUACUACAUUAUAGGCCUGCCCAUUGCAGUGUCUCUCAUGUUUCCCUUCAAAAUGUGCAUAUUAGGAUUUAGGAUCGGGUUCUUCCUAUGUAGCAUCCUGCACUCUAUUUUCCUUAUUGUCUACAUAUGUAAACUCAACUGGAAACAAACCACCUACGAAGCACUGGUGAGGGCAGGAGUGCAGAGCCUUAAAGAGAACGCUCCCUGUCUGGAUAAGACUCGGGGCUCGUACCAGACCCUUUUGACCAAUGAGCUGAGUACGGUGGGUGUAGUUCUGUCUGUCAGGCAUCUGGUUCUUCGGCGUGGCUUGGCUGUGGUCAUCAUGCUGCUCAUCCUCGCCAUUGGAAUCGUCACCAACCAGCUGCUGACUGUUACGCUGCCCCCCAAGCCCACAUUACCCCUUCUAUUCCCUAAUACAACAAACACACAACUUGCAUAGACAUACUCACACAAGUUUUAAACCUAGUUGGCCUUUAUUAUUUCAACCACAUUUCUUGUGUGCUAUCAGUAACCUGGCAGUAAUAAUGAGCCAGAAAUGUGCCUUUUAAUAUAAAACCUGGAACUAAUCCAACAUUAUUGCAUGUUUCAGGGAGAUUUCCACACACGGAAUGUUUAUAAAGGUUAUUGAUAUCGUUCAUCUUAAUAAUGGUCUGCUACGACAGCUUGGUUAGUCGGCUAUGUUAUGCAUUGUGUCCACAGACAAGCGGUGGGGUCUGUCUCCACUCUUAUUUCUCUCACCAGAUUGUGGCCCUGCUGUGAAGUUGAUUCAUGAAAAUAAAAUAAAAACCUAAAAUGCAA